AUGCGCUGCUUGGCUCCAGUCCUCCCCUCCAUUCCUCAGCGGUGCUGCUGCGGCUGGAGCUCCGCUAUGGCUCUGAGAGAGGCUGUAUACGUGGCGGCGAGUCUCGCCUGGAUCUUAGCCGUGUGUGGAGCCUCGGCCCCGGCGGCUGUCUCCGGCCUUCUGCCGCCCUACGACGCGCAGUACUACCUCGGAAUCCGAGCCUAUUUCCAGGAGGAGUGGGAGAAAGCGGCCGAGCACCUGGAGAAGUCUAUCUCUACCCGGCAGGCUCUUUACACAACCCGGGGGAAAUGUCACGACGAGUGCGGGAGAGCGGUUGACGAGAUAGCCUCUAAACUAGACACAGAGAAUGGCAGCAACUGGGACUUGUGGGCUCUGGACUGGAUCCAGCGGCGAGCGGAGUGUAUAAAGUUCUGUCUGGGUCGAGCCGUCACUCCCGCCGGGCAGCUCCCAGUAUCAACAGAUAUCGAGUAUGAAUUUGGGACUCGGAACCCUUACAAUUUCCUGCAGGUCACAUAUUACAAGUUGGGGAAGCUGCAGAACGCUGCUUCAGCUGCUCACACGUUCUUCGUGGCCAACCCGAGUCACCUGGAGAUGAGGAACAACAUCGAGAAGUACAGGCGCAUGAGCGGCGUCACAGAGGACGCCUUCCACGACCGGGAGAGAGAGCUGGAGAAGCACUGGGAGUUCUAUGAUGCCGCUAUGCUGGCUGAGAGCUCGUCGGACUGGCUGCGGGCAGUGGAGAGAUGGAGGGAGUGUGUGAACGAGACGCUGAAGCAGACGAAUGACUGCAGAGCUCAGUGUGUGGUAUCUUCUCAGCGCUUCCCGGAGGAGGAGGACCCCACGCAGGGGGUGUAUGAGAAAGCUGCAGCACUUUCUCUGUCUCUGCUGUCAUGCAAGCAGAUGUGUGUAUCUCUGGUGUCGACACGACCUGGACGGAUUUCUCCUCAAGAGGACUUUAUUCCCCUGCAGCUGGAGCAUCUUCACAUUGCCCAGUAUAAAGCUGGUGACCUGAAGGGAGCAGUGCAGACUCUGCGUUCUCUGUUGCUUUUCUACCCCACGGACGCAGACUCUCUCAACAACCUGCAGCUCUACUCUGAGUCUCUGGAGGGCGACACUGAGGCUCAGGCCUCAGGCCCAUCACAGGAGAUCGCCAGAUACGUCAGCAGAUCGUUAGCAGAGAAGAAACUGCUCUAUUUUGGAGUGGAAAACCUGGAUUUUAAAUUCAUUGACCCGGACCUGUGGACACCAGAGGGCGUCGUUCCUGAGUCUCUGAGGGAAAGCUGGAGAGCAGAAAGAGAACAGCUGAAUGAGAAACUAAAGGAAGGAGAGAGACUGUUAGAAGUGGAUGAAAGUGGAUUCUAUGCUGGUGGUCCAGUUCCCCUGGUUGGGGUGACAAUAACGAUGGACGACCAGACUCUGAAUGGAACAAACCGUGUCGUUCUGGAUGGGGUUUUGUCCGAGUCUGAAUGUGGAACUGUGAUGCAGCUGGCCAGCGUGGCUGCAUCCGUUGGAGACGGAUACAAGGGAAGACGAUCUCCCCACACCCCUAAUGAGAAGUUUGAGGGCCUGACUGUUCUAAGAGCUCUUAAGUUGGCUCAGGAUGGAAUGGUGAACCAGUCAGAUGCCAGGCUGCUGCACGAGAUCGGGGAGAGAGCCAGAAUUCUAAUGCAUUCAUAUUUCAGGAGCCACUCAGCUCUUUACUUCUCCUACACACACCUCGUUUGUCGCUCCGCCAUUCCAGGGCAUCAGGAUGGACGAAUGGAUCUGUCUCAUCCUGUUCAUGUGGAUAACUGCAUACUGGAGCCGGAGACUCGGCAGUGCUGGAGAGAAGCUCCAGCUUUCACACACAGAGACCUCAGUGCAAUUCUGUACCUGAAUGAAGAUUUUGAAGGAGGGGAGCUGUUCUUCACCGACAGAGACGCCAAGACUGUCACAGCCAGGGUGAAGCCCAGCUGUGGGCGCCUCGUUGGUUUCACCUCCGGACCCGUAAACCCUCACGGCGUCACCGCGGUUACAGCCGGCCGCAGAUGUGCACUAGCACUGUGGUUCACCACAGAAAAACACCAUCGAGAUAUGGAACGGGAGGAAGCGGAGGCCAUGUGGGCAGCCGAUGGACAGAGCGUGGUAAAGGAGGAAAAAGAGGAUCCAGACAGCACCGUCGCUCCUGCCCGGAGUGGGCGGAGCCAAACACCUAAAGCAAGGAGCAAAGAGAGGGAGAGAGUGAGAAGUGGGAGGGAUGAACUUUAAAAGUGACCAGCCAAUCUGGCACAGCCGACCCCAUGCUUUGCACCAACUCUGACCAUGUCACGAACAUUUUACACAUAUAGACAUGGCCUCUACACUCUAUGUCUCUAAAGCUCAGCCCAACAAUUUUUUUUAUGUGCCUUUUUGUUCACAUGAAUACAGCGUUCAGUCACUGAAACCCAAAAAACAGGUUUCUGAAAGUGAAAAUUGUUGAAAUGUGUGAAAAUUCAGUGUUUUAAGUUUUUUUUUAAGCCUGGCUACAAAUACACAACAUGUGAGAUUCAGAGGUCUCAUCGCUUCAGAGUAGAAAUCAUCUAGUCUGUGCUUGAGGUCAAGUUAAGAAGAUCUGCUGUGUCUCAAAUCUUUGUUUGGAAAAUGUGCUUCAGAUUCAUGCUGUGUUUAGGUCUAUCUUGGCUGUUAUACUGUUUUAAGGAAUUUGUCAUCAAAAUUUAGGUUGCUGUUGUGCCCCCUUCUGGGCAAGUGUGCAUUUUAAGAGUUAUUUUUGGGCUGUUUUGUGCUCGCAUGUCAUUUCAGAAAUGCUACUGGAGAUGUGUUUUUUUUUUAUAUAUAUCCAAAUACAUGUGGACAGGCCCUAAGCUUGUAAACUUGUAUGCGAGUAUGUAAGUAUGGUAUGUAUGUGUGAACGUGUCCAGAAUUGCCUAUUUUGCCUAUUUGGUGCUGGUACCUCAGGAUUAAUUAUGUGAAACCUUUUGUUGUAUUUUUCUGUUUUUAUUUCUCUCAGAAUAAAACAUGAUGUGAUUAAAAAA